UCCGCCCACGUGUUCUUUAUGUACGUCUUCGGUUGUGGAUAUAUGGCAUACGGCAAUUUACGCGUACACUUGGUCUCCUGGCACCAUGCAGAACGCAACAUACUUCCUUCUCGCUUUCUCCGCGAUCGCAUUUAACGCUAGUGCUGGAUCGGCGAGCCAACACAAUCGAGUACCGCGACCGUUCCACCGAUCGUCGUCGCACGUAACAACUCCCUUCGACUAUUCAGACUUCAAGAACGUUCCGACGUACUACCACGGUGUCCACAGUGAAGUGAACGAAGACGCUGCACGGUCAAAUUCACUGAACAAUGAGGUAGCUCUUCUUGAAAGCGAAGAGGAAAUUGACCCAGAGCCUAACAAUGAGAUUACCGCAUUCGAGGGGGCAGUUUUACGACAAGACUUGGAGGAUGCUUUUUUGCCUAACCCCGAUGAAACGUACCUGGCCCCAGGUGAGAAAGUACGCGAAGUCGUCGAAUGGGGAGACGGGAACUUAGAAGUUCUUGACGACAGAAGUGACUAUGUAUACCGUCCACAACUUCCAAUUCAAAACAGCGUUCAUACGCUAAGGGACGAUCGCAACAUCCUAAUGUCGGACGCAAUGUUAGUACCACAACGGGACGUCCACGACAGCAGUUCUUAUACAGACCAUGUCGUCAACGCAAAUACGGCCAAAAUUGCUGCUGGCGCCGUGCUCAAGAUGAUGACGAGGGACUGUGUUAUCGGAGAUAAGUGUGGAGAUAACAGAGGAUGUUGUAUCGACCACAGAUGUGUCGGAUACUCGGCUGGAGGAUCAGGUGUGUGCCUACCACGGUGUAAGUCCGUGACGGAGGGAGGUAGCUGUUCCAGCUGUCCCUGCGAGUCAGGCUUGGAGUGUGCCGUAGUGAGUGUAAAUCCAUACCAACAGAUCUGUAAAAAACCUCCAACUAUAGGAUUGCCAUGUUCGGAUAAUAAUCAAUGUAACCCUGGUGAGUGUUGCCUAAUGGGUAGAAGAGGUGACGACACUAUCGCAAGAUGUCAGUCAGGGCUAUCAGCUUUUCAGAGCUGUCCGCAAGGGCACCCACAUCCAUUCAUGAACGUUUUUAUCGGUGCAUGUCCAUGUGAUCAUCACAGCGGUUUACUCUGUAUAGAGGGGAUAUGUGAUUGGAGAGUUUGACUGGACCUCUAUUAGGACGAGUUAUGUCAAGCGAAUCGAAAAUAUUUGUGAACAGCAAACUAUACCUGCGUUUGACUUUAGUUCCCUACCACAUCUAUUUAUUUAUUUAUUGUCCUAUCCGUCUUCACAAAACUCUAUAAGACGUGCCGUCAUUCAAAACAGUUUUUAGCUGUAUUUGUAGCCGUUCUUCAAGUUGCUUGCACAACAUUGCAUACGAAAUCGAGAUGAAAUUCAGUAUAAGAAAAAAACUAAAGUAGGUCGAGUCAUAAUUUCAAUGCAAGAAUCCAAGACAAUGAACUGGACAUUUUACCACAUUCGUUUUUUUUCAGGGGCGUCAUACACGUUCCGUUCUUAUCUAUAACGUAUUGAACAUAUUUCAAAAUUACUCGUGCGUCUCUAAUUGUAGUUAUUUAGAAAUUAUAUUCAUUUUUUUGGCAAACCAUACUGCCAUCCACUGACUGAAUUUAGUCUAGUGUUGACAUAUAGUUUUCAUUCACACUGGGCUGAAAUAAAGCGAAGAAUUCUUCUUUUCAAAAUAA